CACCAUGACUAUGAUGCUGAGUCAGAGCUGGAUCGACCCCCGCCUGGCCUUCAACUCAAGCUCCGUGUCGGAGAUCCCACUGGCCGGCGCCACAGCGGAGAAGAUUUGGAUUCCUGACACUUUCAUCCUGAAUGAUAAGAAGUCCUUUAAGCACACCGUGACUGCCCACAACAGGCUGUUGAGACUGUCCUCCGAUGGAAAAGUUCUGUAUAACGUUAGAAUAACCACGACAGCAGAGUGCAAGAUGCGACUGAAAAAGUUCCCACUUGACACGCAGACUUGCACCCUGGAACUAGGAAGCUACGGGUACGCCAACCGUGACGUGGCGUAUCACUGGAGAACAGACCAGGAACCUGUGCGCGGCAUGAAAGACGUGGAAUUAGCCAAGUAUUCUAUAGUGAGGUUCGACACUCUUACGGGAAACGUCACCAGGGAUACAGGUAUUUAUUCGUGGAUUUGUCUGAAGUUCAAGAUGAAUCGAGACUUCGUGUACUUCAUGAUACGGACUUUUCUGCCGUGCGUUCUGCUCGUGGUUCUCAGUUGGGUCUCGUUCUGGAUCCAUCACGAAGCCGUGCCGGCCAGAAUAGCCCUGGGAAUCACCACCGUGCUGACCAUGCAGACGCUCAUGUCUGGAGUGAAUGCAUCGCUGCCGCAGAACGCCGAGAUCAAAGCCAUCGACGUCUACCUGCUCGGCUGUUACGUCUUCGUCUUCGGCGCCUUGUUGGAGUACGCGCUCGCGCACAACCUCUAUCGGGGCACGAAGGCGGCGGCUUUAAAGGCUGCGACGGCGCCACCAGCACCGGAAGGCGGAGGGAAGCACGGUAAGAAGAAAGGGAAGGGCAGUUCGUGCUCUGAGAACGGCGCGGCGAGCGGACAGAGCCAGGCAGCCGCUGCCGCCGUGCUGGCCAAACUCUCAACAGGAAACUCGGUGGACAGACACGCCCGCUGGCUGUUCCCUGUGGCGUUCGCCCUGCUGAACGUCGUGUACUACGUGGUGUACUACUACCUGCCAGAGAAUGACAUAGCGUCCCUUUUUAUACAAUAUUAAGAGCCAACAUGUCAGGCAGGCACGCAGGGCAUCACACUACAUCUAUUCCAUCUCAUGGCACGCGUUCAUCUCAUGAUCUCAUGUCACAUGUGAACUUCAUGAUCAUAGGAAGACUUUAUACAUUUCAUGGCAUGUGUUCACCUCAGAGGCAGGGCUCGAAAUUCAUUAUUAGGAAUAGGUGCACUGGUGCAUCCAACCUCAAAAAUUAGGUGCACAAAGAU